UGUGUAUAUUAUUUUAACCCAAAUAGUUUUGAAACGUAAAAUUAUGUUCAACAAUAUUCCUCAAUCACUGACCCGAAUAGUCUGUUACCUGAAGCAAAGCAAGUCACUAGUUUAUCUUCUUUUCGUAGCGCUGUAUCUUCAACACUUUGUUAAAACUCUUUCAUUAGAUUUCGAGGUUCCGUUUCCUUGAUUCAUUAUAGUAAAAUUGUAGACGGUGAUCUUCGCCUAAAAGUUUUUUAGCCUGCGAACAGGCUCCCGCGGCCGGCGAGCGCGAACGAAGCCACCCAGCAGCAUAUACCGUUAGUGAAAUAAAGAUUUAUUAUAACGCCUACCUGAAAAAGCUACCCAGACAAGCUUAUUCAACAAAUACAUGCGCUUUAAUUCCAGAAUUUUUGCACUAUAGAGCUCAGUUUAGGAACACGGCUUCUUUUAAUUCCAUACACGAGAGUGGCAGUAGACUGUUCACAGCCCUCUGUUUUCUCGUAUUUUUAUUUCGAUCGUUGAACGUUCGGAUAGAAUCGCGAGAGAGCUGGACGCGAGCGCGAAACCAUGCACCAUAAGUGCCCUGACUUGCACCUCACCCGCGCGUGCUUCGGGCUCGCUUUUUCUUCCGCGUGCGACGUGCGCAAACAGAGAGGCUGUAAACAGUCUAGAGUGGCAGAAAUCAAGCGUAGCCUGAAGUAACCAUAACAGGUCUAUGAUGGGAUUUUCUUCUCUGUUAUUUUUGAGGGAAGAAGGCGAUGGUAAAGGUAAGUUAAUAUAUCUGUCUGUUUAGUGAAAGGGAAAUGUAUUUAAUGACGCUGAAGACUGAUAACUCUUGCAUUAUUGUAUAAUAACUUUAUUCACUCGUACAUUUACAGGUUUUAUAUCAGUGAAAUGUAAAUACAGAGAAAAGAAAGUGUACGAUAUGUAGUCUCCAGUUAUUAUGUUUCUGUGGAGAUUUAAGAGAAAAAAGGGAAUACGGGUCAGUUAUUUUACAGAAAUCAGCCCGACAAAUUUGCAAUAUAGUUGUGCGUGAAUUUCGAAUCUUGUAAGUUUCGUUGGUAGUUCAUGAUACUCCUUAUAAAGUCUUCAUAUGAAACUUUUACGAGAAUAUUUCUUCUACAUGAUUUGGAUCCCAGCGCAUGUCCGCCAGUGGGUUCAGAAUCUCCAUUAAUCAGGGAUGCAAAUCUCGCAGCGAGUUUGGACAUCACUGGCCUAUUUGUUGUUCCUGUGUAAAAAUAAAAAUAACAGUUCUCUGAACUCUUCAAUUACGUUCUUGGUUUCAUUGAAUGGGUAUUGUUGCGCCGGUUUCUCUGCUCGGCCAAACAGCAUGAGAAGAACGUCAUUGCUGGAAGUCAACGCCGACACCGAGGUAGAGUAUUGACCAGCGAGACCAUCGAUAAAUCCUGUAGUUCGUUUCUGUUCCCUUUGGAGUGCCUUGAGGACCACAUCUGUGUUGUGUACUCGACUGAAAAAAGAAUGUGAUUAUAGCAAGCACCUUCCUUGGUCUUCCUGACGCGGCCAAAGAAAAUGCAUGCAUUACGGACCUAUAUGUAGAUCGACAUUCCCCGCUCGUCUUCGAGAAGUAACUUCACGCCCGGGACUUCACGAGGUGCUCGACACGCAAUAUACCAGAAAUUCAAGGCUCCAACAUGUUUUCAACUCAAGCAGAUUAUAUGGAAAGUGGACCGCAGAAAAUUUACAGUUUGAAAGCAGGGGCCCCUAGCACACGCUUACGGCAGAAGUGUGCUGACCUGGUUCAGAAAGCAACACUUUCACUUCACAAAUUAGAUCAAUGCCCGGAUGCCUUCAUGUAUGGCGCAGAUCCAGGUCCUGCAGUAUUCCGACAAGAGGUAGCCAAGUUCCUUACUGAGCAGUAUGGGGACCCUGUGAAUCAUGAAGACCUGUGGGCAAAUGCUGGUUCCUCACAAGGCCUUGCAUUGAUAGGAAGUUUCCUCUUUCAACCUGGGGAUGUGGUGUUUGCAGAAGAACCAGGAUAUUAUAUUGGUCUCCGGGCCUUGAGGGAUGAUCUUGCAAUGAAAGUUAUUGGCAUUCCAUCUGAUAAUGAUGGAAUAAUUGUUGAGGAGCUUGAAAAGCUAAUUAUGGAACAUUCUGACAAACUGCGGCCACCAACAGAGAAAAAGCCAUACUCUGCCAUGCUGUAUUGUGUUCCCACAUUCAACAACCCAACUGGCUCUUUUCUUCCAGUAGAGAGAUGCAAGAAGGUUAUUGAGUUGCUCCGAAAACACAACAUCCUUGCUUUUUGCGAUGAUGUCUACAAUUUAUUAUCAUACACAGAUGACAAGCCACCCCCUCAGAGGCUGUUUGCAUUUGAUGACAAGUCUAAUGCUGAUUACAAAGGAAAUGUCAUUUCCAAUGGUUCUUUUUCAAAAUUCCUUGCCCCGGGGUUGCGUCUUGGGUGGAUGGAGGUCCCUGAACGUGUGCGGAAAGUGUUGAAAACAAGUGCCUAUGCCAGUAGUGGUGGGUGUUUUAACCACUACAUUUCAUGCAUUGUCGCAGUUGCACUGCAAGAGGGCUUGGUUAAAGAUCAUUUGUUGAUGGUUCGAAAAGUUUACUACUCCCAACUUAAUGCAUUGUGUGAUGCCCUUAAUAAGUACAUACCUGGUCAAUUUUCUUAUGAAAAGCCCAAAGGGGGUUAUUUUGUGUGGGUUACUUUUCCUCCAGAAGUCGACUGUGACAAAUUGUAUCAACUCUGUCGGAAAAAGUAUUUUGUAGAGUUCAACAAUGGCUCAAGGUUUGCCACUAGUUCUGGAAAGUUUAAGAACUGUGCGCGAUUGAGUUUUGCAUUUAAUGAAUGUGAUAUAAUUGAACAUUGUGUGAAACAAGUAGCACUGGCUUUGAAGGAACUUCUUAAUGGUUAAAGUGAAUUUUUUUUUUUAUUAUUGUCAAGGACUACAUACAUGAAUCAUUUAGUGGAAAUACAAAUUGUAAGGUAUCUUGCUAGUAUAUAUAUAUAUAUAUAUCUGUGAGAUAACAUUAAUAUGUUAAUUAACAUACAAAUCAUUUAUGCAUGUUGGAAUGUCCUUUCCCUGUAAAUUUAAAAUGCAACUUGACCCUGUAAUUGUUAAGUAAGUAUAAUAUCAUUUGCAAAAUAGAUUUAUUUAACCCUUUGAAUACCAACUACAAAUAUAUGCAUAAUUUAUGGUCAUGCUCUUUGUACCACUUGUGAUGUCAUCAAUUUAAAUGUCAUCAGAUAUUCUUGAGAAGCAGAUAGUAG